ACAACAAAUGUAGUAGUUACAGACGUACGCGCAUGCGAACAUUAAUAUAUAUGCUAUAAUAUGUAUAUUUCAAGGAAUAUGGUGGACCUUUUCAAGGUCAGAAAUUUUCAAUAUCGCGACAUUAAAGACGCCUUACGCGAGUGUCAUUACUGGGUUAAUCUGUGACCGAAGUAUAGUGAAAGAAUAGAAGUGUAUAUUUGCUUUAUCAAUUAGAGUUGCCUAAAUUAUAAUCUUCGAUAUUCAUGGAUUUUGUAUUCUAUAAAAAUUUAAAGAUCGUGCUGCCGCCUGCAAGGCGUCAAUACAGAAGAGCGAACUGAGUGUAAUUUAGAAAUCGCGUGGAUUAUCGUAUGAAAUAAAGUAGGAUUAAGGACCAAGCUUGAUAAUAUAAAUUAAAGAUGGCACGGUUGAGCAUUGGUGCAUUAUCGAUGUGGUCAAAUAAAUAUGAUUCCGUAUGAAAGCUAAUGAUUCGCUAUAAAUAUGUGUAGAAGCCAUAAGAUUUUUCUUCGAUGGAAUGCAGGUACUUCACCGAAGAAAGAAAGAAAAUUUUAUCCUGCGAAUCUUUGACUGAGAAUUAGAUAGAUAGAUCAUAAGCAAACUAUAUACACACUUAACACAAUGGAUGGCACAAGGGCAGCAGAUGUCCUACCCUUACUUCAAGAACGUUUGGCUAUACUACCAGGUGGACGAGAUCGUAGAGGAGGUCCAGUUAUUGUUUUUCCAACUACUCCUAGAAGAGAACGUGCAAAACCAGAAGACUAUCGUCGUUUGUUGCAAUAUCUUUUAGCCAUUCCUGAUGAUGAAACCAGAGAUUUAGGAUUUACUGUGAUAGUGGAUAUGCGUGGUGCUACUUGGGAUUCUGUGAAAACAAUUUUAAAGGUAUUACAUGAAUACUUUCAUCAAUCGGUCUAUGUUGCAUUCAUCAUAAAGCCAGAGAAUUUUUGGCAAAAACAAAGGACAUCAUUGGCUAAACAGAAAAAGUAUAACUUUGAGAUCAAUACAAUUAGUUUAGAAUCUCUCACAAAAGUUAUAGAUCCAUCUCAACUGACAUCUGAUUUGGAUGGUUCAUUAGAGUAUGAUCAUGCUCAAUGGAUCCAAACAAGAUUAGCUGUAGAAGACUUCACUUGGCAAGCUGCUGAUCUUUUAGAUAGGUUGGACGAUUUACAAGAGGACCUUAGUCGUAAUGAUUUUGCUGAUGACGUUGGAGGUGCUAAACAUGGCAUUGACCUCCAUAAUGAGAUGAAAAAGAAAAUUUUGAAAAUUCCUGUAGAAGAAAUUGAAGUUGUUGCUCAGCGUUUACUCCAAAAAUUCGACAGCAUGUCAACGCCAGGUGGCGAGGGAGGAAGUAUUGAAAGUGGUGCUGCAGGUGGAACAGAUUCAGAUGGUCAGGCAUUAGCGACAUUAGUUAUACAGCAUUUAGACUCUGUUCAUGCAGCCCAACAACAUCUCUUGCAAUUGUGGCACAUAAAAAAAAUGAAAUUAGAUCAAUGCUUUCAAUUGCGCUUGUUUGAGCAGGAUUGUGAAAAAAUGUUUGACUGGAUUUGUCAUAAUAGAGAAGGAUUUCUUGCUAAUUAUGUGGAAAUUGGACGUUCUUAUCAACUUGCAAAAAAUUUGCAAGAAGAACAUAAACAUUUUACUAUGAGUUCAAUGAAUGUUUAUGUGAAUAUUAAUAAAACCCUUACAAUGGCUGCUAGAUUAUUAGAGACACAACAUUAUGCAGCGGGUCAUGUACGAGCCGUUGCGAGUCGAUUGGAUAGAGCUUGGAAGGAAUUUGCGGCUGGUCUAGAUGAGCGUACUGCUGUUCUUGGCCUAAGUGUAGUGUUUCAUCACAAAGCAGAGCAAUAUGUCGAUAGUGUUGUUGGUUGGAGUCAAGCUUGUGAUGCUAGCAAUCUGCCUAAUGAAAUUCCUGUUCUCGAAUCUCACAUAAGACAACAUCAAACUCUUUAUGAAGCAAUGUGUCAAGCAUAUACAGAGGUUUACAAUGCAUAUCAGGCUCUUUUGAGUGGACUAGGCUCCAUGCUGCAAGUAUGUCAUAGCAGAAGUACAGUCCAUCGUUUGGAUACAUUUUACACUAAUUAUGUGCAUAGUACCAGUAAGAAGCUUCUUUAUCAACUGGAUCAUCUUGUGCAAGUCUGUAACCAACCACAGGGAAUAGACCACACCAUCCGCAAACAUAGCCAAGAUGGACAUAAUGCAGAAAGUCAUGGUGGUAUGAGUGGAAAUCCAGCUGCAGAUUACAGUGAGGGUGCAUCUCAUGUGUUAGCGGUUAUUCAUCAAAUUUUAGGUCAUCAUAGAACAUUGGAAGCUCGCUGGCAUGCACGCAAAGUUAAAUUACAUCAACGUCUUGCUUUGAGAUUAUUUCAAGAAGAUGUAAAACAAGUUCUUGAUUGGCUAACCAAUCACGGAGAAGUUUUUAUCCGUAAAAAUACAGGUGUAGGACGAAAUCUUCAAAAAGCAAGAGUAUAUCAAAAGAGUCACGAACACUUUGAGAAUGUUGCACAGAAUACUUAUACAAACGCAACGAAAUUACUUACUGCAGCAGAGGAAUUAGCACAUACAGGAGAAUGUGCUGCCGAUGAAAUAUACGCAGUGGCACAAGAAUUAGAAUCUCAUGUUAGUAGAUUUGCCGCGAGAGUCGAACAACGACGUCGAAGAUUAGAUCUGGCAGUAGUGUUUUAUACUCAUGAAAAAGAGCUAAGCGGUUGGGUGGAUGAGUUACGACAAGAGUUGCAGCAAGAGGAAGUUGCAGAGAAUUUAGAAACAGCGGAAAGAUUACUCGAUCAGUGUGCACAACAUAGAGCGUCUUGUCUUGAAGCUUGCGCUUCAACUAUUGCGCAAGGUGAAGCAUUGCUUCAAGAACUUCGAGAAUCAACAGAUGCACCCGAUACUACAGGCUCUAUAUCUGCUGUAGAGAGUGCUCUUGAUAGAUUGGCUGGCUUACGGCAAGAAUUGGAAGAAUUGUGGGCAACAAGAAAAUUAAGGUUAGAGUUGUGUUUACGAUUGCGUGUUUUCGAAAGAGAUGCGUUAGAAGCCAGUGGUCAACUUGAAAUGUGGGCACAAGACUUACAAGGAUCACCGCGCGAAGGUUCACCUGAACAGCUAUUACGUGUACACAAUGACGGUGUUGCUCAUAUGCAAAAUACUACAUUUCAAGUGUUACAACAAGGUCAAGAACUUGCACAGGUCUUAGAACAAGCCGGAGUUUGUAUCAUGGCAGACGGUCAACAUAGCGCUACAGCAAGAGUUCAAGUGCUUCUUGAAUUUUUAAAUGAAAGAGAGAUGGACGCAGAAGAUCUUGCAGAAAUGCGAAGAGUUCGACUUGAACAAGCUGCGCAAUUGGUACAAUUGCAAACGGAUGCUACGCAUGUAGCCAAUUGGAUUAGGAAUGGAGAAGCUAUGCUUUUAGCUUCUUUAAGGGUUCCCGAAAAUUUACAAGAUGCCGAACAACUGCGAUUAGAACACGAACAGUUUCAAGUCGCUAUAGAGAAAACGCAUACUUCUGCUGUACAGGUAAAACAUAGAGCUGAUGCAUUAGUAAGCGCAAAUCAUUAUGAUCCGAAAAGUAUUCGAGAAGUAGCUGAAGAUGUCACUAAAAGAUGGCAACAGUUGGUAACUUGUGCAGAAGAGAGGCAUAAAUUAGUAACCGCGAGUAUAAAUUUUUAUAAAACAGCGGAACAAGUUCGAUCGGUUCUCGAUAGUUUAGAGCGUGAAUAUAAAAGAGACGAAGAUUGGUGUUCUGGUGGGGAAAAAGGCGGCCAAGUACCUACUCUUGUAGCUAAACAUCAGGAACAAAAGGAAGCAUUUUUAAAAGCAUGUACUUUGGUGCGAAGAACUGCCGAAACAUUCCUAAAGUACACUAAUCGCAGUCUACAGUUUUACAAUUAUCAAGCAAAUAGUGUUGGGUCAGAGAACAAAGUAAAAAAUAUCUUAGAAGAAUUGUUAAGUAAAGAAAAUAAAGUACUCGAAUAUUGGACUCAACGAAAGAAACGUUUAGAUCAAUGUCAUCAAUAUGUUCUUUUUGAGCGUAGUGCAAAACAAGCAAUUGAAUGGAUAAGGGAGACCGGUGAAUUGUAUCUUGCAACGCACACAAAUGUGGGAAAGAAUCGUAUAGAGAACGAGCAAUUGUUACAAGAACAUAAUGAAUUUAAAGGUGCAGCAAAGGAAACGAGGGAAAGAGUAAAAUUGCUGAUUCAGCUAGCGGAUAAUUUAGUUGAAAAAGGACAUGCUCAUGCUGCUGUUAUUAAACAAUCAGUGGCAGAGGUGGAUCAACGUUAUAAAGAUUUUAGCAUGCGAAUGAAUUGCUAUAAGACACAAAUUGAAGAUGAUUUGGGUAUACAAUCCGACGAUGGCCAUAAAGAUUUAGCCAUAGACCGUAAUUCUGAUCCUUUAUUGGAGGAAAAAAUUAAGGGAAAAGAUUUAAAAGAAUUGAAUGAAGAAAAGCGAAGAUCGGCUAGGCGAAAAGAGUUCAUUAUGGCUGAAUUGUUGCAAACCGAACGUACAUAUGUUAAAGAUUUGGAAACUUGUAUUCGUUGUUUCUUAGAAGAAACGCGUAAUGGAAAAGGAAACGUACCAACAGGAUUGCAAGGUCGAGAAUCUAUAAUCUUUUCCAAUAUGGAAGAGAUACAUCAAUUUCAUAGCAAUAUAUUCCUUCGUGAGUUGGAAAAAUAUGAAACCAUGCCCGAAGACGUUGGACACUGUUUCGUGACUUGGGCUCCGAAAUUUGAUAUGUACGUGACUUAUUGUAAAAAUAAGCCAGAAAGUAAUCAAUUAUUAGUUACGCAUGGGGGUACAUGGUUUGAAGAAUUACAAAGAAAACAAAAAGUUGAACACCCAAUCGCUGCGUACCUCAUAAAACCAGUGCAAAGGAUCACAAAAUAUCAGCUUUUGCUUAAGGAUCUUCAAGCUUGCUGUCAAGAAGGACAAGGUGAAAUUAAAGAUGGAUUGGAAGUGAUGUUGAAUGUGCCUAAAAAAGCAAACGAUGCCUUACAUUUAAGCCUAUUAGAGGGUUGUGAUGUCAGGAUAGAUACUCUUGGAGAUGUAGUAUUACAAGAUUCAUUUACGGUAUGGGAUCCAAAGCAGCUGAUAAGAAAAGGCAGAGAUCGUCAUAUAUUUCUUUUUGAAUUAUAUUUAUUAUUUAGUAAAGAAGUCAAAGAUUCAGCUGGAAAGGUAAAAUACAUUUACAAAAGUCGCUUAAUGACUUCUGAAUUGGGUGUCACCGAGCACAUCGAAGGAGACGAAUGUAAGUUUGCCGUAUGGACUGGAAGAGCACCGACUGGCGACACUCGUGUGGUUUUAAGAGCGAAUUCCAUGGAGGCGAAGCAAUUAUGGGUCAAGAGAUUGCGCGAAGUAAUACAAGAAACGUACUUCAGCUUGAGCAUGCCGAAGAGUCCUGCCAAGAAGAGUUCGAGCCAACGAUCGAGUAGAGAUCUGGAGGAAUGUGCAUCUUUGAAUGACAGUGUGGAAAAUUUGGAUAGGAACUCAUUGGCUUCAUUUGGUUCGACGAAUACAACGGAUUCAGACAAGACUGGUGUUGCCGAAAUGACUUGGGUCGUUGCGGAUCAUCUAGCAACACCAGGAUCUAGAGAACUGACGGUGACGAAGGGCCAGCAAGUGGAAGUCUUAGAAAAUGGUAGCGGUAAUGGAAAUGCCAGUGGAAUCGUUGGUACCGGUGAAUGGACAUUGGUACGUUUACCACUCGCACCGGGACAAACAGAUCCACCAGCAGAAGGUCUUGUACCUACGAGCGCUUUGAAACAACCACCAAGUAAUUCAUGUAAAACCUCACCAUCGAGAAAGCCACCCAGUCAACAGCAAACGUUGCUUCAACAACAGCAACUAAAUCAAUCGGUUAUCGGACAACAACAACUUGCGACUAUGGUUGUUGGUACAACGGCAUCAUCCCCAGCUUCAACUUUAACACCGUCGAGCGAAGAAUUGGAAAUUGUUGGAAGCGAUGGGAGCUCGGCUAGUACCAGUUCACCUGGAAAUAAAAGACGCGGUUUCAGUGGGAGAAAGUGGUUACCACCUCCGCUGCGUAAGCUCAGCCAAGGCAAGGUCGAUAAGGUCGUUUCAACGUCGUCGUCAGCCGCGUCAACGGCUGCUGCCGCCACCGUUAACAGUGGCAUUCCGCUAGCAUCGACGUCUUUAACAACGGUGACGACAGCGACGACGACGACGACAACGACGACUGCUAUUUCUUCUAUUACUGCUACUACAACGGGAACGACGACAACGACAACGCCGACGACAACGGCAGUAGUGAAAAAUACGACAACGGUUGCAACAGUAACACCAAGCAGCAAAAACAUUGGAUCAUUGAAAAAGAGUAGCUCGGACAAACGUUUCAAGCUACCAUCAGGAGCAACUGUUGAACAAAAACGUACCGUUACUGUUUCUGCUGGAAACGUGAGGAUUGUCUCGGAGUUUGAACCUUUGACGGGAGCCGAGGAGAUUGAAAGAGAGGAAGAGGAGGAAGAGGAAGAAGAGGAAGAACACGUUGAAACUUCUGAAACGAUAUCUGCGACCUACGACGACGGUGAAGGUAACGUCUUUCACGAACAAAAUGGCACCGAGGAUGGUGAAGAUGACUUGGAAUUACCGCCACCGAUGAAACCGAUUACCGAGCCUAUUUUAGUCGCUUCCGGUAAUGGACCCCCUGGUUCAACGAUACCCGACGAAUUACCUGGAAAAAGAACAUCCGAGUGUUCCAGUAAAAUACUCGACGGAGCCACAACAGCGGAUUUAGCAGAAAUCGAGCAAAUCGUAAAGGAAAGAAUGGAACAACAUACCGAGAAUCAAGAGAGACAUAGUCUGAUGCGAACGGAAAGAACAACAGCAGGAGGUGGUAGAGGUUCGAGCGAUGGCGAGAAUAAUUAUGCUCGUGCGACAAGUCCAUCGCUUGUUUCUGAAGAAUCCGAUCCUGAAACUGCGGCUUUAACCAAAAGACAAUUUGUUAUUCGCGAAUUAGUCGAUACAGAAAGAGAUUAUGUCAAUGAUCUCAAACAAAUUGUCGAAGGAUAUAUGAUGUUAAUGCGAGAUCCAGAGAGCGACAUUCCACUUCCUGAGGAUCUUCGAGCCGGAAAAGACAAAAUGGUAUUUGGUAACAUAGAAGCGAUCUACGAAUGGCAUAGAGACUUUUUUUUGAAAGCUUUGGAGAAUUGCAUAAAAUGCCCGGAAGAACUCGGUCCUCUCUUUAAAAGAUAUGAGAGGAAGUUACACAUGUACGUCGUUUAUUGUCAAAAUAAACCCGUUUCUGAAUACAUCGUGUCCGAAUAUAUAUACACUUACUUCGAGGAAUUGAGACAGAAACUUGGACAUCGUCUGCAGCUUUGUGAUUUGUUGAUAAAACCUGUGCAAAGGAUUACAAAGUAUCAACUGCUCCUUCGUGAGGCACUGCGUUUAACCGAACGUACUCAGAGAUUAUCGGAAAUCGAAGGACUCAGAGCAGCGGUUUAUGUUAUGCGAGUUAUACCAAAAGCGGCUAAUGACAUGAUGGACGUGGGAAGAUUGCAAGGUUUUGAUGGUAAAAUAACAGCACAGGGUAAACUUCUGCUACAUGGGCCUUUGUUAGUGUCAGAAAUAUCGACCGUGCCAACGAGAGGAAAAGAGUGGCACGUUUUUCUUUUCGAGCAAAAUAUUAUCUUCAGCGAAGCCGUUGGUAAGAAGACUCAAUUCACCAACCCAGCCUACAUAUAUAAAGCUCAUAUACAGGUAAACAAAAUGAGUCUCGAGGAUUCGUACGACGAUCCGGACAAAUUUGUGAUUCGAUCUACGGAUCCUCGAAAGCCCGGUCUAGGAUUUUAUUGCAGCGUAAUAGAAGAAAAUGGACCUCGCAGACAGGAAUGGGUAGAUACGAUCACUGAUAUCCUACAAACACAACGUGACUUUCUCAAGGCGAUACAGUCACCGAUUGCCUACCAAAAGGAACUUACCAAAGAUCCACUCCGAGUUCCAUCAACGGAGCCUGUGGUUCGAGAGACCAUAUCAGUAGCCCCGACGUUUUCGACAGCAUCCCCCGGAAUGAUGAACAAAGAAAAGAGUAUUCCUCAACAGAAGAUAACUCGACCGAUUCAAAGGACUCAAUACGGUGGUUUAGAUUGCGAAUUACCACGAACGCCGAGUCCAACAAAGAGUAGGCUUAACUUCCUCGAUGGAUUCAGGAAUACUCUGCGCGCACGAUCCCCAGUUCGUACUAAUUCGAUACCGGUCGUUCCGGGUGCACGAGUAAGAUUGGCAGCCGACUGGGGAAAACUACGUGCCGGUGACGAACUCGUCGUUUCUCGUUUGGAUGGCCCUGGAUUAGUGGUUUCACAUCAUAAUGAGAAAGAAGAACUUUGGAUACCAGCUAGUCUUGUUCCAAAUUUAUCUAUAAGCAGAGCGUGGUCCUUCCGUCCGAGCAAAAUAGAUUCUAAUAAGGAUAUCGUACAGCCACAAGAAAGAUCUCUAGAAAAAAAGGGAGCACCUACACUCCUAGCAAGUACAAGUCUGAUAAAGGCAACCGCUGGCGAAGACGUUAGACUUUCAGUAGAAAUUAUUAAUGUCGAGGCAGCAACCGUUACAUGGAAGAAGGAAGAUGAGAAGGAUAAUCGAAUUAUUAGAGAAGGCGAUCGUUAUCGACUUGAACAGACCGCUGCUUUUUUGUAUUUAGAAAUUGUAAGAUGUCGUCAUUCGGAUUCGGGAAUAUAUCGAUGUUAUGUUGAACAUGACACCGGUUCUUGUUGGACAGAGAUUUCCCUUUUCAUCACAGGCGUAAGUGGUAGUACAUGGGCGCGAGUUGUUGGUUCGACAAAAAUCGAAAUAGAUUGGGAAUAUUCUAGUGUUGAUUCAUAUAGUAUAGAAGGUAGAACAGCACCUUCUCAAACUUGGGUUCUGAUGGCAACGGACGUAAAACAUCCACCAAUGACAUUGGAAUUACCACCUGGUGCAUCUUAUAGUUUUCGUGUUGUUGGAAAAAAUGGAAACAUUACUUCAUCUUCCGCGGAAGUAACGUUGACUGGUUUCGAAGAUAAUUUAAAUUGGGAAACCGAACAGUUUAUUGGAAGAUAUUUAGAACUAGAUGAAUUAGGAAAAGGUAGAUUUGCAACUGUAAGACGUGCUAGAGAUAAAGGAACGGGUCAAGAAGUGGCAUUGAAACAAACUCCACGACACAAGCAACCACGUUCCCUAACUCGAGCCGAGUAUGAUUUGUUAGCGUCUAGUCAUCAUGGUAACAUCAUUAGAGCCUUUGCCCUAUUUGAAAAUGCUCCACGUCCAGGAAUUGACACGAUUGUUUUAGAAUUAGUUAGAGGUCCGACGCUCUUUGUUUACCUUAGUAAAAAAUCGGAUUAUACGGAAGGAAUGGCUAUUAAGUAUGCGAGUCAAUUGUUGUCAGCUCUUCAAUGGUUACAUAGACGUAACACAGCGCAUUUAGAUUUAAAACCUGAAAACGUACUGGUAGAUCAGGAUAGCGGUAUAGUUAAAUUAAUAGAUCUUGGCGAAGCAGUAAGGGGCCCAGUCGACGAAGUCGUACCGCCUGCCGAUUUGGAAUUCGCAGCACCAGAAUUGGUACUUGGUAAACCUACGGGAACUUGUACGGAUAUGUGGGCUGCAGGUGUUUUCAUUUAUGUGCUUUUAAGCGGUGUAUCGCCAUUUCUAGAUGAUUCUGUAGAAGAAACGACUGCUAAUAUAUUAAAAUGCGAUUUCUGUUUUCCCAAUGAAUAUUUUGAAGCCAUAUCUAAUGAUGCAAAAGAUCUUCUUGGAAGAUUAUUAUGCUUACAUGGCGAAGAAAGAGCUACCGCUGAAGCUACUUUAACAUCACCUUGGUUUAAGGCUCCGGCUAGCUCUGCAAUAUCAUCGAUUAGAUUAGCCGAAUUUACCGAGCGACGUGCACAUUGUUCCAAAUCGCGACAAGAUCAUAAUGAAAGAUUUUAUUCGUAAUAUUUUAAAUAAAGAAAAAAUAUCUCCA